UUCUCUUCCAUAAUAUUCAUCAACUCUACUCAACCACAUCUUUUGCUAAUCAACAACAAACAUCACUUCAUAGUCCAACCUUCUUUUAAAUACUUCUUGUUUAUCUAUUCAAAUUUGCAAGUUCAAGUUCCAUAUCUUGGCAUUUGAUAUCAAACUUUUGAUCUCUAAAAAGAAUCAAAGUUCUAGUGAUCAAAUGAAGAUGAUGGGAAGCAAUAGCAUGGGGAGAUCAAAAAGAAGAGUUUCAAGUAAACUUGGAGGAAUCCUUAAAGAGCAAAAGGCAAGGCUCUACAUUAUUAGGAGAUGUGUGGUGAUGCUUCUAUGCUAUCAUGACUAAUAUCUCUUGCUCACUAGAUCUUCUUUAUAUAUGUUCUUGAAAUAGUGUGUAAAUGGAUAUAUGGCUUAAGAGCAUCACAAUUUUGACUUAAAUUAGUAUUUGCCUUUAAUGGACUUCCAUGUAUAUAGGAUAUAUAUGCUACUUCUUUUCUAGUAUCUUUUAUUUCAAUUCUCUUCAACUUUUUAAAUGAUAACUGUAUUAUUUUGAAGGCUAUCAAAAACUAAAUCUUUAAAGUA